UGCUCUUCAGCACCAGGAACAGUAGGGCCAGCCCGCAGAGCUCCUCCUGAGGCGGAUAAUCCCCAUCUCUACACGGAGUCCUAAUGCAAUCAGGAAGGAAUUGCUAUAACUCACCUCAAGGAAAACAGAUUUUGGAGGCAAAUGCGAGUAACGACCUAGAAGUCCACCCAUAGGAAAAAAAAGUCUUGACGAGUGGAGACAUGGAUAUUUGCGUUUCACAUUUUCUUUAUUGUGUAUAUAGCUAAAUUUGACAUUGAUAAGCCGAUCCUCUAUAAUGUGACAGCUGUUGUCGCAUUUCAUCUUGUGUGGAGAAACUACUUAUUCAGCAUCCACCUUUGCAUUUUUUUUAUUUUCGCAGCACCAUGGUGAAAUACAAUCUGGUUUUAACUUUUAUUAUUGCGGCUCUUUGGCGGGUCAGUGGCGUACCUCAAACUAUUUUUCCACCCGCGAUGCAGUUAAAUUCAACAUCAUCAUCCAUCAUCAGCGAAGAUGAACAGACGAAUAAUGUCACAGAUGCUUCUGCCGUGGGAUCCCGGAUUUCAUCCCUAAUGACGCAUCUUCCAACUCUGAAGAACAUUGUAAUUUUCAUCUGCGUGCUGACAGCUGCUCUCAUCACAUGCCUGGUCAUCAAAGUGGUCAGAUCUGGGAGACGAAUCAGGAAAACACGAAAAUAUGAUAUCAUAACUACGCCUGCGGAGCGCGUGGAGAUGGCCCCGCUUAAUGAGGAGAAUGAUGAUGAGGAUGACUCAACCCUCUUCGAUGUCAAAUACAGGUGAAUCCCAGCGUGAACUUCAAUAUUUGCUAACUCCCAUUUUGACAACUCAAGUGAUUUCCUUUAUUUUUUUUUGUCAUGGAGUCUUACCGAAUCAGCAACUUCAUAUGCUGCUUGUGCAUGGCUUUUAUCUGUGUUUAAAGGACUGGAGCCGCAUAGAUAUCAUUGUUUGCUGCUUUACUUCUAUCACGUUGCCCAAAUAACUUGCCUGAAUCCUUCCAAUAUUAAAGGUCAGGAUGUUUCAUGGUGUGACUUCUCCUCGCAAGUCAUUCAGUAAUCAGGCUGUUGGCAGCCUGAUUGCUCCGUAACAAUUCAGUACGUGGAAAUAACAUUUGAUUUUUUACAUUGUCUGAUAGUUGCUAUCAUUAACAUUUAAUUUUUACACCUGAGCUACAAUAUAAAGUAUGUUGGAGUGAGGAGUUUAUGUAGGAAUCGAUGCCUGCUUUGAAGCUAUGAUCCACCCUCAUUAGAUUGCAGGGUUAAUCACAUUGUUUUGAUUUAAUAUAUCAUCUUUAAAUAAAUACUUGGUGGACACUAAAGACCCAUCAAUUGAUGCACAAAAUGUUAUCAUGCAACAAAUAUUGUGCAGAGAAUACUCAAAUGUAAAUGUUUGCACAAUAUGAAGAGUCUAGUUAUAUACGCAGUAAUUGAUAUUUUUAACCAAACUUUAAUACCAAAUAUAUCUCUAUCUACUAACCACUUUAUUGUGCAUAUAUACUGUUGAAGGCUUUCUGUCCUUAUGUACGAAGUAAGCGUAUAUUUUUUUACUGUGUGUUGUUUGAGACAUUCCUAUUUUGCUGCUAUCUCAGCUAAAGUUUUACGUUUUCAAAUUUGAUGAAAAGCUCCAAGAAUAUCAUCAGUAUAUAUUUGUAAGAUAUUUAUGGAAUACAUCCAUAUGCUGUGAAUGUGAAUGCUGUAAUCCGUUGUGAUCAGGUGCACUCAGUAGUGUGAGAAUUUCAUCUGGUCAACUUACCACUAAACAAUAUCAACAGCAGGUUUAAAGACUGUAGUGAAGUAGUUAUGGUGUUGAACAUGCACAACGUGCACCCAGUGUCUUAUUUUAUAAGUCAAAACAAUCUUAUAUCACCAGUUAAUGUCAAGUUGUUCAGUUAAAAAUUAUCCACAAGAUCUGGUAGAGUAAAAGAACAGCUAGUCUAGUGUUAUGUAAAAUCCCCUCACAAUAAUUCCCAUUAAUGGCUCACUGACUAUUGUAAUGUUUAACAUAAAAAGGACCAUUUCUUUCCUGAGGAGUUGCUUCUCUGUGCUACACAGACUCUGGUAAAGAGGGACUCUAAUUUUUCAAUUGGAUGUAAUCUUUUGAAUAUUUUUCAGAAAUCAGUGGCAUCAUGUAAGCCAUUCUCAUCAAAUGUGAUUUUCCUGGGCUGAGAAAAGUCAGUACAAACAGAUGAGUAUUUCAGAACAAUAAGUAAAACCAAAGUAAGCAAAAGCAACGUUCAUAGGCUUUUGUGCAGCUGACAAACACUAGCACUAACCUUUGAUGGACAUAUUUUGAUGUUUAGCUUUAACUGUUGUCCUUGUCAGGGAGUAUGAAGUCACUUUUAUGAAUAAUGAAAGGCAUAGCUGGUUUGUAAUAUUUGUCAUAUCUUUAAUUCAAACACCAAAUACACAAUAAUUAACCAAAAGUCUGAUUCAAAAUAAAUGAAAGGAAUAGUAGAGUUCACAAACCCUCCUUGUCUCUGUCUGCAUGCUAAAUGUAAGUACAGGAAACUAACUAACGAUGCAGAGUGCACCUAGAUUAGGUUUCUGUAGCAAAUGUGAGCGUGGGUGUUGUAGGUGACCUUCUGUGUUAAUCCAAACUGUUAUUUGAUAGUGCAUCAUGGCCUACAGAUGCAGCUGUUUUCAAACGACCUCCAUCCAUGGAUCAGUAAGAAAAAAAAAAAGGAAAGAAAAAAAGAAACUGUAGUGGCUAAUCGUGCAUGGCCUGUUCAGCCCCAGCCCUUCCAGGAGAGAGAACAUUCUGUAUUCCUUCUUAAUUAAAAACAAAAGCUAUUGACAUUCACAGAAGACUGGAUAUAUGUUUUGUCAUUGUUUAAUAUUCAAGUGGUAUGCAGGAGCGUUUGUGAAUGUCUGAUAAGGUUUUUUAUCAUUCAUUAAGUCAUGUGUGAAUCAAACUUUCAACCUUAUUUUUGAUAUAAUGUUCUCCAGUGUAACUUUUAGCAGACUGUUUACUACUUCAUUGUGCUUUUUCUUCAGACUGUAUGACCACUGUUCAUUUCAGUAUUGUGUCAUGUUUAAGUCUUUCACUCUCUGGGCAGAAAACUGCAGAUCCAUUUUUGUGCCUCUGCUAAUUUUGUCUCAGGAGAGUAUGUCACCCCUGUGCUUCUGUAUCCUCUUCCAUCUUGGCAAAAUCGUUUAUUUUAUCUUUAUUUGUGUGUGAAAACGUGGAAAAACCUGCUCAUCUUAAGAUGCUAAUUCGGGACUUUUAUUAGACCUGAAUCGUCUGCUACAGAAAGUUCCUCUUGUAAAAUGAAUCAAAGUCAGUGUGGUAACUGUUUGAAGACUGCAGCUAAUUUCUUUAGUCCUGCAUUUACACCAAAAACAGUUAAAUGUUCAAACUGUUUUGGAAGUUUAUUGAAAACAAGCCCAUGCUUGGUUUCUGUCAGAGGUGUUAUGCGUACCCACGGCUGUUUCCUCAGUUUCCAUUUCUUUGAAACACUACUGAAAUAAAACUGCUUCCUUUGAAGUGUUAAACAGUUUUAAGGAA